AUGACUUUCGUUUCGGUCUUGGCUGUAUUUGGUUCAAACGGAACUGAAAACAAAUCUGAUAAGUUUCAAAAAUUGUUUUAUGAUGGUCUCAUUACUGCGCUUGGAAGUUAUGCUUCUGAUGUUGAUGCAAUCGUGGCCACGUCCUCACCAAUUGCAGAUUUAAAAGAAACUGAAAAAUAUGGAACUGCUUUGAUUCAGAAGCUCUCCUCUGGAGCACCACUUCGCGCUCUCUUCCAACCCGAGUUGCAGCAAUUCCAGGCUGCAUUUGACGAUGCUGUUGCUGAGGCCGUAGAGACUGCCGGUUCAGGACUCGCCGUCGUGAUUGUUGUCUAUGCUGGUGAGGUCCUGCACUCUACAGGAGAAUGGCUUCUAGCGGACUCUACGUUCUCUGGCGAACAAAUGCAAAUGUGGCUGGAUUCGGAGGCUGCUUCUGCCUGGCAACCCGAGAUCCAAAAAUUGACAUCUGCCCCAACUGGCACGGAGCCUAUUAGCAUUGUUAUAUGCACACCAAGUGCCGGUGCCAAAACCCGCUGGCCAAUGGCUGCGACGCCAGACGGAAGCACAAAACUCACUAUGCUCUCAAAGUCGAGACGCCUCCCUGUGCGUCUACAUAUCACUGCAUCGUGGAGAGUCAAUGGAAAAUUGGCCUCUAGCGCUAAUAAUAAUGCUACUUAUCAAAAGCCUACUGUUGGAAAAGUCCAGUUGUCGAAAUAUGGCUCCUUGGUGGUUGGUGUUGCGAGUGGUAGUGAUCUGGAUGGUUGCAAAUUUGGCGACGGAGAUGUAUGUAGACCAAUUGCCCUAUUGGUUCGGACAAACGGUCUCGUCUUCAGCACUUCUAUAACCUAUGAAGCUCUCCAAGCCUUGAGCGGCGAUUUAGCACGUCUUCACUGGGAAAACCAAUCCAAACUUCUUGCUGAAGCUGAAAAGCAGGAAUACUCUCUUGCUCAGCGUUCGUUCAAAAAUGCGCCACCAGCUCUUUAUGUUCUUCCAAGUGGUCCGGGAGGUGUUCAAACUCAAUCUUGUGGUCUUUUCGUUGUUCAAGGCGUUAAUAUUCUCCUCGGAUCGGCUUUCACCGACAAGCAACCCCCACAGUGGUGGCCUCUAGUUCGUAGUUUGGAUAGUCUCGAUACAGUGAUUCUCCCUGAUUGGUCUGCAGCGAGUAUCCAAAGCUAUAAUUUCCUCACAAAGCACCUUCUCUCCUCAACAUCAUCUACCAGUGGUGCUUCAUGGCUAGGGUGGCUCUUUGCCCCGGAAACAAUCGAGCCGGGUUCUGAAAGUCCUCUUCUGCUCGCCCCUCCAUCCACUAACUCCGACCCCUCACGUAUCCAUGCACUUUCAAGUACGUCGGAUCAGAGGACUCGUCUUUUCUACAAAAUUGGCGUUGGCGAACUCACACUCCACUGGUUGGGUGCUGCUGUGGGAGCUCUACUCAUUUGGAAGCCUGUUGGGGGCAAUAAGAAGUCGUCUGCUCCCUUGACCGUCUUUUUACCCGUCACUCAGCCCCCUGAAGGAGGAUCCGCAACUUCGAACACUUCACCUGCUACCCUGUUAGCUGGAAUGGUGAGAAUGCUAAGAAAAGUUCCUGAGAUUUGUAAAACUGAGGUCAGUGAAGCUAAAGCGCCUUCUACCACUACUGCGGCUGCGUUGACAAAUAUUGCUCCAAAGAAGGCGGGAGUUGCGGCUUCAAAGGCGCCUGCACCUAGCAAACCGACGGCAAUGCGAAAUGGAACAGUGCCAUCCACGAAAACGCAAGUCAACGGAGUUGCAAAAAAUACAGCAACAGCUGCUACCAAGCCAACUCAUACUGCUGCCAAACCGUUGCCUACUAAGUCUACAACUUCUUCUUUGCGACCUACUACUGCCACAAGAACCACGACAGUACCUAUGUCUCGUCCAGCAACAGGAACUACCAAGCCUUCAACCACUUCCACUGCUGCUUCAAAACCCUCCUCAACUACUUCAAGGACUGCGCUUUCUAGGCCUGCCACUGCAUCAACACAAAAGACUGCAGCAGCACGCCCAACGCCUAGAGCUCCAACUAAACCUAUGGCAGCUGCUACUAAGGCAACAACGCCAAUCAAGAAAUCCUCCAUCUCUAAAACUGAGGCAAAAUUGACUGAACACGCUGCAAAAGUUGCAGCCAAGACAGCAAGUUCUACCGCUGCUUCAAAGCCUGGACAUGAAAUCAUGUAUGCUCCUGCAGGCCGACCUUCUAAUCUUCCUCCACGACGUAAAGUGGGUGAGAAAACAGUUAUGGAGGAGUUGAAUGAAUUGCCUGAAGAGGUGAUUAAGAGUACUUCCAUGGUUGAUAGUCUAGCAGUAGAACCAAUGAAGCAAGAAGUAAUAGAGAGUCAUGAAGGAUCAGAGGGCCAAGUCUCUUAUCCAGAUAGCUUGAGAGCAGACGAAGAAAGGCACGAGGCUGCUGCAAAGUCUCCCGAAAUGGAACUUCCAUUCAAUGGUGUUGAACAACAGAAUGAGGUGGAGCCUGCUCAUACUGAAGAGUCUCUCAAAGUUACCUCAGAUAUUCCAGAGACCUUUGAAAUGACUCAGUCACCGGAAAUGGAAUUUGACCAACAGGAGGCAGAAGAGGUGCCUUCGAAAUUACCAGAGCAUGAAGAUCACGAACCCUUGAACUCUCCUGAAGUAACAUUGUCAAAGUCACCUGCACGAAUGGAUUUCAACUUGCCACCUUCUGGUUAUGAGGAGGUAGAAGUUUCAAAAUCUCCUCUAGAAAGUUCUCAGGAAGAAUCGAUCUCUAAAUUUCCCAGUGAGGCUAUGCCUCCUGUCCAUCAUACCGAAUUUGAAAUGCAGCAACAAGAAACAUCGCCUGAAAAUAACUUUGGAAUGAAGUCUCCAGAAGACAUCCACGAAGAGGAAACUUCGAAAUCUCCUUUUGCCGAAAUGCAGUUCGCUGUUCCACCGGGACAUUCUGGUGAUGCUGACCAGUCAAAAUCUUCGGAAGCAGAGAUCCCUCGCGACCAUCAAUAUUCAGAAGGUUUAAUUUCGCCGAAGACUCAACUACACGAAGAAGCAAUAGCCAACUCUUCUACUGAAGUGGCUUUCUCUUCGCCAUCUGAUCCUCUAGAGUCGCAAGGAGAGGUGCUGCAUCAAGAAGGAUUGUCGAAAUUUCCGAUGGAAACCGAGUUUUCUAUUCCGCCUGAAGCGGUUAACCAUCCCAUGGUAAUUGAAACGUCGAAAUCGCCAGUCGAACAGUUCCUUGAAGAACUUUCACAGGAACACCUAAAUGACUUCCAUACGUCGGAGUCACCGGUUGAACAUCAUGACAUAACUUCCGCGGAACAGACUUAUGAGCCACAAUUCCAUGGCGAUUUGUCUAAAUCACCUGGUUCUAUGGAUUUUAUGUCUCAUGAACAUCAGGUUGAACCCCAAUUCUCGAAAUCGGCAGUUGAACAAGACGAUAUUUCUCAUGAGCAGCAGGCUCUUGAAGCUCAUUUUUCUGAGGUACCUUCUGAAUCACCUGCCACCAUGGCCUUCACUAUGCCCCUGUCACAUGAAAGUGACUCCCAUAUACCGAUGUCUCCUGUUGAACAUCUCGAAAUUCCACAGACUGAAGUUAAUUCUGAGCAACAGGUCCCUGAAGAAUUGUCUAAUUCACCUGCUUGUAUGGACUUCACAAUGCCUCCAGCUCAUUUAGAUGAUUCCCAUAUGUUGAGAUCACCUGUUGAACAACACUUAAUUCCACAAACGGAACAGACUUCUGAACAGCAGAUCCAUGAAGAACUGGCUAAAUCUCCAGCAGGAAUGAAUUUCUCAUCGCCUCAUGAAUAUCGUGAUGAAUUUGUUAUAUCGAACACCCCAGUUGAGCACCACGAACUUGCCCAGAAGGAACAAACACCUGAUUUUGAAUUCCAGGAAGAACGAUCGAAAUCUCCAGCUGGAAUGGACUUUACCUUGUCAUCAUCUCAUCAGAGUGAUUUCAUCGCUUCAAAAUCUCCUGAACAACACGAAUCUCUUUUGAUGGCUCAAUCCCCUGAAGCUGAACAUCAAUUGCAUGAAGAAUUUCUGGUCUCUCCUGCUACGAAUGCGGAGCAUCAAGAUAGCUUCCAUAUGUCAAAGUCUCCAAAUGAUCGUUAUGAAAUGAAACCAUUUCACGAACAGCCAUCCGAAUCUCUUGGUAGGAUGGAUCUCUCUCCUAAUCAAGUACACCCUGAAUUCGCCUCGUCAAUACCUCCUCAAGAGGAGCUUGAUGAGUCAAGGUCUUCAUUGCACCAGCAAUUGUCUAAAUCUCCAUCUCUUGGAGUAGAACAACAAGAAGAGCAUCACGAAGAUCUCGGAUUGUCAAAUUCGCCAUUUGGUAAUGCUCAUCAGAGUUCAGAUUUAGUUAAUCCAUUCUCUCAAGAACCUAAUUUCGAAAUGUCUCAAGGAGAUGUACCCAUCGAUCCGUAUGGAUCAUUAAAAACAUCAAAUAAUCCCUUCGAACUAUCUAAAUCUCCAGCUGAAGGACAAUUCGGGAUUUCUCCAGACGUGGAGGCUCAUAAGAACCUAGAGUCUGUUCAUUCACCUGUCGGAGGAAUUGAAAUUGUUGGUCAUCAACAAAUCGAUGCGUCGGCCACGUCAGGUUCCUACGGUUCAGAUAUUGAUUCUAGACCUCCCAUGGAUUAUCAUAUUCACCAUAGUGGAGAUGGAAUGCGAUUCGGUGACUUUGGGUCUUCUCCAGAUCAGCAAAAUCCAGCUUCAACAACUGCUGAGGAUGAGUACCCCGUCCAUGAAGUUAAUCUGGGUGGUGGAAUGGCUAUUCCAGAAGUUGCUGAUCAUAUAGAUUCCGCGGGAGCUACUAUUCAUGGUGAUGAUCCCUAUCAAUCUCACAGUUCACAGUACAAUCCUCAAUUGGCCGAUUCAACAACAACUGAAGCUGCACCUAAUUUUGGCCGCACUCAUCCCCCUGAAAUUGGGUUUAUGGAUCUUGAAUCUCUUGGCAAAGCGCAAGAAGAGAACAUUCACAGUCCCAGCUCGGAGGUUUCUAAUGACUCUGUGAUCCAUACUGGUAUUGGCGGAAAACCCAUUCCUCCUGGAUUUAUCCCUGAAACGGUUUCGUCAACUUCGCCUCAAGCUCCUCCUACUGGUUCGAGCACUGUGUCGCCAACUUCUGGUUUUACCAGUGAGCAUCCAUUCCUUUACAAAGAUCAGCGUAUAGAGGGACUUGAACAUGAUUCUAGUGCUAUGACCGGCGCUGUACUCAUCCAGAAGUCUUCACCAAUCAAGCCACCUUCUCCCAACGGAACCAACGGAGUGACAGAAACCAACGGUUCUUCGGAAAAGUCGGCGGACAAUAAUGGAGUAGGUGUAGCGACUACUGUCGAGGAUAAUUCCGCAGGCUUUGAUCCUCUUUUGCAGUGGGGCCCACCUCAAGGUAUGCCCGCGCCUAUUUCAACUGCACGGGGUCCAACAGCAUUGGCUCGCACUUCCAGAACAUCAACUUCUAGUAGGGCGUCAACUCAUGGUACCAAAACGUCUACCAAUGGUCCAGCUUCUAUAACUUUAAAAGCACCUGAAAAUCUCACACCCGGCCCUCCCAUCUUGAUUGAUGUUAUCUGGGUUCCAGGCUACAUAAUCCGUGUGCCUUUCGCCAUGGCGACGCAAUUCUUCACUCAGGUUCGUGCCCGUGUCUACGUCCUCUCAGGCGAAUGUCUUCAUCCUAUCACUGGAGAGGCUCUCAUUGCUGGUGUCUCAAAAUGGACUCCUGAAGAACGCGAAGCCGUUUCCAAACUUAGUGGAGGUAGAGGUAUUGAGAGUAUCACCGUAGUCCCCACUGAUGAACCCCUUGAAUGGGUCCGUUGGUUGCGCCGAAGUGCCGGAGGCGGUGGGAACACAGGAACUGGUGAAGAACGCCUUCAAGCAGCCGGUCUCACAGUUCAGACCUCGGCUACCCUCUGUGACAUUCAUUUCUCCGACAACAGCUCUGAAAUCACUUGCCCUGGUACUCAACUGUUGAUCUAG